AUGGCCAUGACGACGAACGAGCAAGCACAGUGGCACGCACACUUACAGACCCCAGUGCUCUAUAAUCAUCACGCGCCCAUCGAAGUCGAGUCGGCAUCGAUACAGAGUGUCGAUCUUAAUGGAAUCAUGUCCACUCCCAGGGCUGCUGUCAACGAGGAGCGCGUUCUGAUUCUGACUCCGCUGCGAGACGCCGCCCCCUACCUUAGCAAAUACUUUGACCUUCUGUCUGAGCUUACAUAUCCCCAUGAUCUUAUCGACCUUGCCUUCCUCGUAGGCGACUCCACAGACGAUACGUUGGCCGUAUUGUCGGCAGAGCUGGACAGAGUACAGAAGCGCACCGAUAAGAUACCAUUUCACAGCGCACUGAUCGUAGAAAAGGAUUUUGGAGCUAUCUUCGGCCAGAGCGUCGAAGAGAGACACGGAUUCAAGGCUCAAGGGCCUAGGCGGAAAGCGAUCGCUAGGGCUCGAAAUUACCUUCUCUACACUGCACUGAAGCCAACACACUCUUGGGUGUACUGGAGAGAUGUUGAUAUCCAGGACAGCCCUGGUAAGAUUUUGGAGGAUUUCAUGGAUCACAACAAAGACGUCCUGGUACCAAAUAUCUGGUUUCACCGAUACGAGAAUGGCCGUGAUAUAGAGGGUCGAUUCGAUUACAACUCCUGGAUCGAGUCUGACACAGGUCGCAAGCUCGCAGACUCCUUAGAUAAGGAUGUGGUUUUGGCUGAGGGCUACAAGGAGUACAACACCAAACGGAAGUAUCUCGUUACACUGGGAGAUUGGCGGAAUAACAAAGAUGAGGAGGUGGAGUUAGAUGGAGUUGGCGGCGUGAAUAUACUAGUGAAAGCGGAUGUACACAGAUCAGGCAUUAAUUUCCCAUGCUACGCCUUUGAGAACCAGGCCGAGACAGAGGGUUUUGCCAAAAUGGCGAAACGAGCAGGUUACCAAGUUGUAGGACUACCGAACUACGUGGUUUGGCACAUCGACACCGAAGAGAAGCGAGGAAAUCUGGGUUCGAGACCGGCAUAUUAG